GUGGCGGUGUAGUUUGGAGUCAGAAAGAAAAAAAAACACACAUAGAAACUUUUUUUUUUUUUUUUUUUUAAGCCCAACACAACUUGAACAAAAUAACUCAUUCCACCUUCGAAUAUGGACUCGCUGCAAUAGACGCUGCUUUCUCGUAGAAAGGCUUGAGCUGCUUCCUCGUUCGUCCGGUGGCAGCAGCAGCAGGCUAGAAACAUCUCCUCACCUCACAAAGAAACUUGGCUGGCUAGGCUGCUAACUUCGCCACUGAACACGACAAGAAAAGUGGACAAAAACCUCGAUGACGAGACAAAAAUAGCAUCUCACCAUACACGACGACUUUUACACGCGGGUGGAAAAUGUCUGCCUGCUGAUUCGGGGUUGAAAUUUGUGUGGAGUUUUUUUGAAGCUUGGGGGAAGAGUUGUAUUUCAUUGCUGAGAACCCCCCUCCUCUCUCCAUCACCACCAUCAUCAUCCAUAGCUGGUCCAACACCGACCCUUCAGGCAUGUCAGGCCGGAGUGGAGCUGCUGUGGGCCCGCAGCCCCUCAAGGCGACUGUCCCCUAUCAGCUGGCCAGCAAGCAUCGAGCCAAAGGCAGGGAUGGCAAGUCAGGUACUAUAUUGACCGCCGGAAAGAGCAAACCGCAGCAGCCGAGCCCCGGCAUGAGGAGGACCAUGUCUCUGGACGCCAUCAUCGGUCCCUAUCUGCACGGCCACUGGCCUAAAGAACCAGAAGGCGGCUUGUGUCGCAAGGACAAAUCCACUCAGACGCCACACUCCUGGUCAGACAAAACACACAGCAGGAGGGACGUCGAUGACAUCAUCGCGAGCAGCAGCAUCGCCACCAACCACAAGCGCUCGGCAUCAUGGGGCAGCGUCGAGCAUCUCCAGGAAAUCGCCAAACUAAAACAACAGCUGCACCAGCGCUACAAACCUGCCGUCUCGGGGGGACACGACAAAGACCGCCAGCGGGGCCUGACCCUGGGGACGUGUAGCCUAGGAACCACUCAGACUCAGCCCAUUCCCAUCCCGCUGGCUCCCUUGUCUACGCUGGUCCCUCGCCUGCGCUGCAGCGUGGAAGGCCUCAACCAGGAGCUGGAGGGCAUGUUCAUCUGCCAGCCGGCGCACCAGCAGCACCAGUUCCUGGAGGUUCCAGAUGGACACCGUGCUCCCGUGCCGCCUCAGAGCUGCAGCAGCGGAUCUCAGAGCGACCCGGCCUCCGUGUCGCCUCCCUCGCCGUCUUCGUCCUCCUCAUCCUCCCCAUGCUCCACAUCCGAGGACGCCCCUGUGAACGUGCAUCAAGGCUUGGAUCUCCUGUCUCCGGUUUCAUGCCUGAGUGAGGCCGACCUCUCGUUGCCUCUGCUCAUCUCCUCCUCGCCAGGCCCCAACAAGAGCUGCUGCUUCCAGAGAGAACCCCCCGAGGGCUGCGAAAAGAUCCGAGUCUGGGAGGAGAACAGGUAUGAUAAAGACACUUGCAACCAGCCCAAGCCAGUGGUAGCGGUCUCCUCCUGCCCAGACCCCAACAAGGUCAACUUUACCCCCCAUGGGGGCUCCGCCUUCUGCCCCGUCAGCCUCCUAAACCCUUUACUCCCCUCCAUGGACCUGCUGUUCUGUAGCCUGGCCGUCUCCAGCCAGGGUGGAUCACGUGCCAGCAACAAGGUGGACCCUUUUGCUGCCGUUUCUGGCGAGGGUUUCGUGCGUGGCGACUCCUAAUACUUCAUUCUCUGUGAGUUGUGUUACUAGUGUUGCUUUGAUUUAGAAAAGCCUUCUUUUUCUAUCGGAAAUGUUUAUUAAAAAAAAAAAAAAAAAUCAUAAUAAUGAAAAUAAUCAAUCCAAAGGGUUUUUUGUAUGUUGUGUGAUCCAAAGACUGUCUUUAGACCAAGUGUGAAAGCUAAGAUUUAGGUUAUUUAAAUGUUUGUAUUCACCUCGCACCGUCGGUGUACGAAGCUCGACAAAUCAGUCAUGUGCUGUUUAAUGAUGUCCGACUGAAGGGUUUUAGUGGGUAGCGUCAUCGCUGACAGCUUCCCUGCCAUAAACCGUUUGUGUUCAAAGACAAAAAGGACAAGUGCACACGUUGAUGGACGUAGUAACAAGUUUGUCUGAUUUCGUUGGAAGUUGACUGCCUAUCCCAGAGCGUCCAAAGUGAAGCCCUGGGGCUACUUUCUUUUUAUUGGCCUCUUUGAAAAAUACAAUUAAACAAGAAAAAUGCUGAAAAAAAGAGCGCAAUAGUUCAAUUGGUGAUAUUAAUAACGCUACUAAUAGUACGCUUUAUCACGUCUGGUUGUUGUUUUUUUAGCUACUUGUGUUGGGUUCCUACCUGUUAACUAAAUUAAAAACAUUAAAAUAGCCCCCAAACACUUGGCUUAUUAAGUAUGGGCGGGAAAAGUUUGGACACCCUUGACAAGCCAGUUUUAGUAGUGUAGAAUUGUCACGUUCUCCUCUUUUAUUUCUGGUAGACACGUUUGCACAAAUGGAUUCAUUUUUCCCCCCCACUUUUUGUACUUCUUCUUAAAUAGUAGUUGUGUGAAUCCUCAAAUAACCUGCAAAAUAAGCUAAAAAAAAAAGGAGAAAAAAACCUGUUUUAGUUUUUGUGUUCACAUAAUCAAGACAGGUGUUACAUGAAAUCUUGUAUCAGGUAGAUUUGUAUGCACUUCAAGGAAAGGGUUUUUAUACGAGUCUUCCU